GUGAGCCUCCCAACAGCCACUUAGAGAAACUUGAAGGUAAUUUUGGAGGAAUUGGGCAGCAGUGGAAAUACGGAUGACUGCCAUGAUUCACAGCAGACUACAAAGCUGUACGCUUACAGCUGGCUAUUUUGCGUACCUUCUUGCGGGGGCCCUCAUCUUCCAGGUUCUGGAGAACAACACAGGAAGAGAGGAGGAACAAAGCACUGUCUUUAGAAUGAAGGAAGACUUCUUGAAGAACUUCACUCGACUCAGCCCAGCAGAGGUAGAAGCCUUUGUGGAGAAUCUCAUGGAGGCAGUGAGGAGGGCAAUGUAUCCAGUCCGAAACCAGGUCUCUGAUGGACGCAUCAAGUGGGAUUUCAGUAAUUCGUUCUUCUUCGUCGGCACCGUGUUAUCCACAAUAGGAUAUGGAAACCUCUCUCCCAAAACUGCAGGCGGCCAGCUCUUCUGUGUUGUGUUUGCUCUCUUCGGAAUCCCCUUGAACAUCGUCUUCCUGCAGCACAUCGGCAAGAUCCUCUCGAUGCUAUGUGAAAGACUUGCUAAAUGGCUGUAUAGAAAGGGCAUCAAGAAGAAAACAACAUGGUAUUUGACACUCCUGUUCUUCCUGGUUGCGGGAAUUCUAGUGUUUCUCUGUCUGCCAUCUGCAGUCUUUCGAGAGAUGGAGGGCUGGACUUACAAUGAAGCAAUUUAUUUUGCAUUUAUUACCCUCAGCACUAUUGGCUUUGGGGAUUUCGUAAUAGGAAGAAAACAUGGGAAGGAUUAUUUCCCUGGCUAUCAGAUUUUGGUAGCAAUUUGGGCUAUUUUUGGACUUGCCUGGAUAGCGCUGUUGUUUAGUCUACUGACAACAUUACUGGAAGAUCCAGAGGAAAACCCCAUAACGGAGUACCUUCAGGUGAAGACAGCGGUAAGGAAAAAAGAAAAAUUCAGAAAGGGCUUCAACUCCUUUUCAGCUUAUCGUUGCACCUGUCAGAUAUAGAGAGAAAGAUCAGCAAGAGGAUAUUUUCAUGUGCUAUUUUGCUGAUCACUGACCAGCUGAUCUUCAGGUUAUAUAAUUUCUUUUAAAAUAAAAUAAAAACUCAGGA